AGCGCUGGGCCACGGAAGCGUCGCGGGGCUGGUGGGACGCGAGUGCCGGAAGAAGCCACCAGGAUGCCAGCACUGCCUCUGGACGAGCUCCAGCUGACAGAAAGGGAUCCCCAGACAGGGAAGCUGAGAACUCUGCCAGCACUGCACCCAGAAAUCAAAGCAGAUCGGUCGUUCGUGCUGUACAAGCCCCCUCCUGCCAUCAGAGACCCUGCUCUGGUGGAGGAAUUCCUGGAACGAGCAAAAUUCAUUGCAGAUGACCUGAACUGGCUUCUGGCUCUGCCUCAUGACAAAUUCUGGUGCCAGGUGAUAUUUGAUGAGAGCCUGCAGAAGUGUUUGGAUUCCUACCUGCGCUCUGCCCCUCGCAAGUUCGACGUGCUGUGGGAUUGCCACCCCGAGGUGCAGGAGCUGCAGAAGUGCCUCCAUCGCAGUGUCUUCCUCACCUUCCUCAGGAUGUCCACCCACAAGGAGUCCAAGGAUCAUUUUAUCACUCCAUCUGUCUUUGGAAAAAUUAUUUACAACAACUUCCUGUUCGAUAUCCCCAAGAUUCUGGAUCUCUGUGUCCUUUUUGGGAAAGGAAAUGGGCUCCUGCUCCAGAAGAUGAUUGGAAACAUCUUCACUCAGCAGCCCAGUUACUUCAGUGACCUCGAUGAAACUCUGCCCACUAUCCUCCAGGUGUUCAACAAUAUUUUGCACAAGUGUGGUUUGCAGUGUGAAGGGGCCUCUGCUGAGCCCCAGAAACUGGAAGAGAAAGUCAGUGUGACUGCAGGGAACAUGCCCCUCCAGGAGCUGAAGGACAUUGUGCUGUAUUUAUGUGACACCUGCACAACUCUCUGGGCCUUUCUUGAUGUCUUUCCCUUGGCUUGCCAGACCUUCCAAAAACAUGAAUUUUGUUACAGAUUGGCUUCAUUUUAUGAACUGGCAGUUCCUGAGCUGGAAUCUGCAAUCAAGAAGAGGCAUUAUGAAGAUAACAGUGUUUUUGCUGAUUUGUGGAGGAGGAUUUCACACUCCAGAAAGAAGAUGAUAGAGGUUUUUCACAUCCUAGUAAACCAAGUCUGUCUGCAGCCCAUCCUAGAGAGCAGCUGUGAGAAUAUUCAGCCAUUUAUUGAGGAAUUUCUGCAGAUCUUCACCUCGGUGCUCCAGGAGAGGAGAUUUCUCCGUGACUACGACGAGCUGUUCCCUGUUGAGGAUGACGUGAGUCUGCUCCAGCAGGCAUCCUCUGCACUAGAUGAGACCAGGACAGCCUACAUCCUCCAAGCAGUGGAAAGUGCCUGGGAAGGAGUAGACAGGAGAAAAGGACAAGCUGUUAAAGCUCCAGCAGCAUCCAAUGGAACUUCAGCCAUAGUGGAGGGCAGCCCUGAGGACAGGGAGGAUGUGGGGGCUGCGUGUGCCCUGGAGGAUGAGUGUGCCGGCGCUGCGGCCGCGCCCGUCGCCGCCGUGUCCGGCGUGGAGCUGGACUCCCUCAUCUCCCAAGUGAAGGAUCUGCUGCCAGAUCUUGGAGAGGGAUUCAUCCUGGCCUGCCUGGAGGAGUAUGGAUAUGACACAGAGCAGGUGAUCAACAACAUCCUGGAGGAGAAGUUGGUGCCGUACCUGGAUAAGCUGGACCGAAGGAUGCAAAGGCAGCUGAAGCCAGACCCUACCCCUCUGGUCAGCUCUCGCUGUAACGUUUUCCAGAAUGAUGAGUUUGAUGUUUUCAGCAGGGAUGCAGUGGAUGUGUCUCGGAUCCAGAAAGGCAAGAGGAGGGAGAAGGACACGACGCGGAGCCUGGUGAACGACAAGCGGCUGGUGGCGGAGCAGCGGCAGCGCUACAGCCGGUACAGCGUGGUGCUGGAGGAGCUGCCCCUGCCGCCCGCGGCCGCCCUGGGCUACGGCGACUACGAGGACGAGUACGACGACACCUACGAUGGGAACCAAGUGGGCGCUAACGACGCUGACUCGGAUGACGAGCUCAUCGCCAGGAGGCCAUUCACAAUUCCUCAGGUCUUGAGACCUAAAGGACAUGAAGAAGGACAGGAGACAGAGGAAGAAGAUGAAGAGGAGGAGGAGGAAGCUGAAAAGGAAAGAACAAAGGACCACUUUGUGCAGGACCCCGCAGUCCUGCGAGAGAGGGCCGAGGCCAGGCGCCAGGCGUUCCUCGCCAGGAAGGGGCACAAGCACGACGGCUCUGCCGUUGUUGGCAACGCCAAGGGCCACGGGCAGAGCCGGGAGACGCUGCAGGAGCGGAGGAAGAAGGAAGCCAACAAAAGCACCCGGGCCAACCACAACCGGCGGGCCAUGGCCGACAGGAAGCGCAGCAAGGGCAUGAUCCCGUCCUGAGCAGCUCCGGG